GAAAAGAAGAGUCACUUUUACAUUUAAUAGCAUACUCAGAUUCUGAUUGGUGUGGUGACAGGGUGGAUAGAAGAAGUACUAUGGGUUUUGUAUUCUUUCUAGGGAAUACACCCAUAUCUUGGUGUUCGACCAAACAAGAUGUAGUAGCCUUAUCCACCUGCGAGGCUGAGUACAUAGCAGCUUGUUAUGCUGCAUGUCAAGGGUUGUGGUUGCUGCAUUUAUUUGAGGAACUGAACCUGAAGAUUACUACUUCAGUUCAAUUGUAUGUUGAUAACAAAUCUGCUAUUGACCUUGCCAGAAAUCCUGUAUUUCAUGGUCGUAGUAAACACAUAGAAACCAGAUUUCAUUUCUUGAGAAGCCAAGUGAAGAAAGGAACCAUUGUUCUGAGUCAUUGCAGUGCAAAUUUACAGAUUGCAGAUGGGAUGACCAAAGCUUUGAAGACUGCAGAUUUCAGAAAGUUUAGAGAUAUAUUGCAAUUGAUUAGUAUUUGAUGUAUUUCAGUUGUUUUACUACUUUGCUAUUAAGGGGGGAUGUUGAGAGUAUAAAAGUCAAAGUAGUCAAUAAGUGCUGUAUUGUACAACUUCUAUAAAUAAGAGUUGAGAGACUGAAUAUUUUAGUUCAGUCAUUUUUCCCCUUCCAAAAUAUCUGGGAUAUACUUUCCGUUUCUAUUUUCAACUGUUCUAACAUUGUCUUUAUUUAUUCAUAUUUUACAGGCAAGAUGUGGAUAAUUCUUUGGGAACACAGCUUUUGUAGUUUUGUGCGUGUAACCAUUGAUCCAAGACUCCAAGUGUGUUUACUUUCUACGGAAAGUAAAGAAGCUUUGUAUAGAGAAUUCAAACGUGCUCUAAAUGGCGAAGGAUGACCAACCUUUGUUAGUAAUAUAUACGGUUCGUGAAUAAUACAAUAAUACGUACGUUCGUGUAUAAUACGAUACAAUUAUAUAAAAUAC